AUGAGAUCAAUCGCACUCCAAUCUCUGUCAUUGUCUGGCCUGGUCGCUGGAGCUGCGGCUGCUCCGGCUUCGACUCACACUACAGCUGCCGACCCCUGUCAUGUUACCUCUUACUCUGGCGUCGCCGCUGCCGUAUCUUCUUGCACCAACAUCGUGCUCGACAGUAUUGCUGUACCUGGCAACACCACCCUCGACUUGACCAAGAUACAACCCGGAUCCACAGUGACCUUUGCUGGAAAGACGACUUUUGCCUACGCAGACGCAAACUACGAUAUGAUCAAGGUCGCUGGUACCGAUGUCACCAUCACAGCUGAGAAGGGUGCCAUAAUCGACGGCAAUGGCCAGGCCUGGUGGGAUGGUCUUGGUUCAAACGGAGGUGUCGCCAAGCCAAACCACUUCAUCACUGUCAACAAGGCCAUCGGCAAGUCUGUGGUCAAGAACCUUGUCAUCCAGAACUAUCCUGUUCAUUGCUUCUAUAUCAGUGGAAGUGAUGGACUUGUUGUGGAGAACAUCCUUCUAAACAACACAGCCGGCGAAGCUCCCAACAGCAGAUCAAAUGGACUCGCUGCUGCUCACAACACAGAUGGAUUCGACAUCUCGGGCACCAAUGGCAUGAUCUUGAGAGAUUCGACAGUAUUGAACCAAGACGACUGUGUUGCUGUCACCAGCGGUAAUAACAUUACCGUUUCAAACAUGUACUGUGAUGGCGGCCAUGGUCUGUCAAUUGGAAGCGUCGGUGGCAAGAGCAACAACAACGUUACCAAUAUUCUUUUCGAAAACAGCAAAGUGCUGAACAGCCAGAACGGUGCAAGAAUAAAGUCCAACUCCGGAACCACUGGCUAUAUUGCCAACAUCGAGUACCGCAACAUCCAAGUCUCAAAUGUCGAUAUCUACGGUAUUGAUAUUCAGCAAGACUACCUCAAUGGAGGCCCGACUGGGAGCCCUACGAACGGUGUCAUCAUAAAGAAUAUUACCAUGUCCAAUAUCUUCGGCACUGCUCAGGCUAAGGCUAGAGAUUACUACAUCCUUUGUGGAGAUGGUAGUUGCUUGGACUUUACCUUCAACAAUGUUCACAUCACAGGUGGAACUAACAACUCUUGCAACAUCAAGCCUACUGGAAAUUUUCAUUGUGUUUGA